AUGUGCAAUGAAGUUCUCGCUGCCAUCGGGAAAUACAUGCGAAAUCACUGUGGGCGCCUCGACAUUCCUAUGACCAUUUCACUAGUGACGCUUGGUGAGCACUGGCUUAUUGAACCUCGUUGGUGGUGCACCGUGGUGGCCUGCGAGACCGAGGAAGGACCUCAAGGAUUUCACGUCUUUGGAUGCUUGCUUACAUUUGACGGCGUCGAUAUCCCCCAGAUCUGGUUGGCGACCGUGCUCCUCAACAACGAACCAAAGGUACUUCUCCGAACGUAUGAAGAAAGUGCAUUUGUUUCCAUACAAUCUGAAGCCACACUUUUGAAAAUGACUGAGCACUUAAUCAAGGCGCUACUACAGUUAGACGUGUUCAAAACCCAUGGCGAUGAGAUUUUUCAAAUAAGCCGUAACGUUGAGCAUUCGUGUGUCAGAAUUUACAAGGUCUAUUUCACACAGAGAGUUUUUAACAUUCAGUAUAGCGCUGAGUAUCGGCGGCGACGUGUCGCAUCAUUGCAUGUGAAUAGUGUAUGGCGUUGGUCCAAACAACCAGCUGUGCCACACGCUCGCCCCAGAAGCCAGAUUGUAGAUUGUCUGCAGUUUGCCUGA